AUGAAUAUUUUCAGGUUAGCUGGGGAUAUGACCCAUCUGGCUAGCGUCCUCGUGCUUCUUCUCAAGAUCCAUACCAUCAAAUCGUGUGCUGGUGUCUCAUUGAAAACUCAAGAACUCUAUGCACUUGUUUUCGCCGCUCGCUACUUAGAUAUCUUUACGAAUUACAUAUCUCUAUAUAAUACUGUUAUGAAGUUGAUAUUCUUGGGAAGCUCAUUCUCUAUUGUGUGGUACAUGAGGUACCACAAAAUUGUUCGUAGAUCAUACGACAAAGAUCAGGAUACCUUCCGUCACUAUUUUCUUGUAUUGCCUUGCUUAGUGUUGGCCCUACUUAUCAACGAGAAAUUUACAUUUAAGGAGGUGGUGUGGACAUUUUCUUUGUAUUUGGAAGCUGUUGCUAUACUUCCUCAACUAGUGCUUCUACAGAGAACUAGAAACAUUGACAAUUUGACGGGACAAUAUGUCUUUCUUCUUGGUGGGUAUCGAGCACUAUACAUUCUCAACUGGAUCUAUCGCUACUUUACCGAGCCACACUUUGUCCACUGGAUAACAUGGGUUUCUGGGCUUGUUCAAACACUGCUCUAUGCUGACUUCUUCUAUUACUAUUUCCAAAGUUGGAAGAACAAUCGAAAGCUUCAUUUGCCAGCAUGA